AUGGUGCAGCCACGUGACAUGGAGGAGACUGGAGUCCAUGGAACGUGUAUAUGGCUGCAGCCCGCAGCAGAGGAGAGACUCUCAGAGAAAAUUUAUGAAAUGAAUUAUACAACAGUAACUACAUUUUUACUACAAGGAUUUGAAAACCUUCAUGAAUUCAAAGCUUUCAUCUUCAUUGUAUUCCUGUUGGUCUACCUAGUGACUUUAUUAGGGAAUCUACUUAUUAUCACACUAGUGUCAAUCAGUCAUCACCUUCAUAUGCCCAUGUUUUUCUUUCUUGGUCACUUGUCAUUCUCUGAUGUCCUGCUUACUACAGUAAUUGUCCCUAAUAUGUUAUACAUCAUAUUGGAAGGUGGUGGUAUUUUGUCUGUAUCAGACUGUAUCACACAAUUUUUUUUCUAUGGAGCCACAGCAACAACUGAGUGCCUUCUUCUCACUGCCAUGUCAUACGACCGUUAUCUGGCAAUUUGUAAUCCAUUGUAUUAUAAUGCUAUUAUGAACUUUAGACUUUGUCUUCAACUGGUCUUCUACUGUUGGUUACUGGGUUUUAUGCUAACAGUGUUUACAACACUUUGUUUGCAGAGCGUAUGGUUUUGUGGUCCUAAUGUCAUCGAUCACUUCUUUUGUGAUCUUGGUCCUCUUCUGGAACUUUCUUGCACAGAUACAUCCAUGGUCAAAAUGGAAGUAUUUGCAGUCUCUUCUCUUCUAACCAUUGCCCCAUUUGUGUUUAUAACUGCAACAUAUGUCUGUAUCUUUAUCAGCAUUCUCAAGAUAGCCUCUAUCAAGGGACGACAAAAAACAUUCUCCACAUGCAGUUCUCACUUAGCUGUUGUGUGCAUCUAUUAUGGAGCUCUUUUUGCAAUGUAUGUAGUUCCAUCUAGAGGCUUUGGGCUUAACAUUAAUAAGGUUGUGUCACUAAUGUAUACAGUUGUGACACCAUUGUGUAACCCAAUUAUAUACAGUUUAAGAAACCAAGAGAUUAAAUCAACUAUUAGGAAAUAUGUUGGUGUGAAAAGAGCAAAUAUUUAA